AUGGCCCCGGGACCGCGUCCCUCAACGUCAUUGUCGCUGCCUCCAUCGUCCUGCACCACUUCGCUGUUUAUUUUGAACCACACCAUGCACCCCACCAUGCACCCCACCAUGCACCCCACCAUGCACCCCACCAUGCACCCCAUCAUGCACCCCACCAUGCACCCCACCAUCCACCCCACCAUGCACCCCACCAUGCACCCCACCAUGCACCCCACCAUGCACCCCACCAUGCACCCCACCAUGCACCCCACCAUGAACCCAUACUCUGAGCGGGAGCGAGAAGGUGCUAAAUUCUCAGUGGCUGCCCGGCCACUGAGAAGGGGCCCUCGAAAUCGCUGCCCUGAAGAUCCUGCUGAGCUGGCCGCUCGACGGCAGAGCAGGCAGGAUGCAGCAGAGGGUGACACGUGGCAGGAUAUGGAAGAUGGUUCUUUGGGAUUGCUGGAAGGGGAGGAGGAAGGGGAGUCAUGA